AUGUCCAACGUUGCCGAUACCGCGUCCGAUGUUGUCAAUACUUCAUCCGAUGUUGCUGAUACCGCGUCCGAGUUGCAUUUUCCUUGUUCUACUUGUUUUAUUUUGCACCAGCUCAUGUCAGUCUUUCUAGGUUUUUCUGAAGUCUGCCCGUUCAUUGCCCAGCAGCAUUUCGUUACAUUCACACACCGCGGCCUGUUCGGUCGUUCCCCAAUUGACGGAGAAACUGGACGUUUCGGAGCAGAGAGCAACUUCACUGUCAAAUUUUUCACGUUCCAGUUCUUUGCCCAUUUCUCCUCCCUAAUCUACACAGCCUUCUUCCUGGGCCGGAUAAACGGGCACCCAGGAAACCAAGUCCGAAUCGGUGGUCGGUGGAGGCUGGAGGAGUGCCAUCCCAGCGGCUGCAUGAUGGACUUGUUUGUGCAAAUGGCCAUCAUCAUGGGCCUGAAGCAGACCCUCAGCAACUGUGUGGAGUACCUGAGCCCGUGGCUGACUUACCACAUCCACAAGCUCAGAGAACAGGCCCAGAUGGAGACGUCGGAUGAUCCGAACCUGGAGGAAUGGCGCAAAAACUAUUUCCUGAACGAAGUGAACAUUUUCAGCCUGUUUGAUGAGUUCAUGGAGAUGAUGAUCCAGUACGGAUUCACCACCAUCUUUGUGGCCGCCUUCCCCCUGGCCCCGCUCUUGGCGCUUUUCAGCAACCUCGUGGAGAUCCGCCUGGAUGCCAUCAAGAUGGUACGUCUGCAGCGCCGCCUGGUGCCUCGGAAGGCCAAGGACAUCGGGACCUGGUUGCAGGUGCUCGAGGCCAUCGGGGUGCUGGCUGUCAUCGCCAAUGGGAUGGUCAUCGCUUUCACGUCGGAAUUCAUUCCCCGCCUCGUGUACAAGUACCAUUACGGGCCGUGCAGCCGGGGCAACACCACAGCUGACUGUCUGACCGGAUACGUCAACCACAGCCUUUCGGUUUUCCAAACCAAGGAUUUCAAGGACCACGUUCCGGAUCAAGGAAUAGAGGAAGUGACUGAGUGCAGGUACCGAGACUACCGGAACAAGGACGAUUACAAUUACUCAGCCGAGUUCUGGUUCCUCCUGGCCUCCAGGCUGGUCUUUGUCAUUCUUUUUGAGCAUGUGGCCCUGUGUGGUAAGCUUAUUGCUGCCUGGUUCGUUCCUGACAUCCCCCAGACUGUGAAAAACAAAGUCCUGGAGGAAAAAUUUGUGGAUUUGCAAAACAAACUACGCCUCAACUCCAGGGUUACUGAUGUGUAGGAAGGCUAGAAGAUGACUUAGAAGCACCCGAGGCUGCCCAAAGUAGCCUCUGUCUAGCAUGGAUGCUGUGUGACUUCUGGGUCCCUUGGAUUCUGUGAUCUUCCUCUCACAUCAUCUGUGCCCCUGGAGUCCCAGGAGAUGGGCAGCAGUAUUAGAAGGAGGGGCUAACCCUCUGUACGUCCCUCCUUCCUUUGUGAACAAGCCCUGAGCCCACCGACUUGGUGCCCAGAGUCUGGACCCUGGAUCCACUCAUUAACCCUGGAUGGGACUUCAUGCACCUCUUCAAACCCAGCUUCUGGGAUGCUCGCUGUCCGGAGGGGUGUCCCACCCAGGCAGCACUGGCUGUCUAAACCCUUGUGGGUAAUAAAGUGAUUUUUUAAAAUGUGUGUUUCUGAGUAAGAGAU